UUUCGCAGACAUCGUGAUAUUCUCUAUAGACGUAAUAUUGCCCGAUCUCCCACAAAAUGCCUCCGAAAGUGCCCAUGUCUCGUCCAAUGGUCGUUUGUAUAGAAGGAAAUAUUGCGAGUGGGAAAACGACUUUCGUGAAUUCCUUCAAGAAGCUCGCUGAUGUUCAUACGUUCGAGGAGCCCGUGAAAGAAUGGCGAUCAGUGCCUGGGGUCUCGGGAUCUCACAAUCUUUUGCAACUGCUUUAUUCUGACCCGAAACGAUGGAGUUUCGCGUUCCAGCACUAUGUUCAGCUCACUAUGCUCAAGGUGCACGAAUGUCCCGCGAAUGCUCCGAUGAAGGUGAUGGAGAGGUCGAUCCACUCGGCUCGUCACUGUUUCGUGGAAAACCUGUUCAGAAGCGGGAACAUGACUUCAGCAGAAUACGCAGUUCUGGACGAAUGGUACAAAUGGAUCCGCGAAAAUCGAAAUGUGAACCCAGACGUUAUCGUAUAUCUCCGCACGUGUCCCGAAACUGUUCACAACAGGAUCAAAUCUCGGGGACGUCCCGAAGAGCAAAGCAUUUCUUUAAACUACCUCAAAUCUUUGCAUGAACUCCACGAGGCGUGGAUUGCGAAUAGUGGGUGUCAAGUCAUGACAUUGGAUGCUAAUCUCGCUGUUCCGGAAGUUGAGAAGCGGUUUUUGGAUGCCAAGGAUUCUUACGGGUUUCCGAGUGUUUUCGGAACACAGGUCCAGGUAAUUUCUGCCAGUGAUUAAAAUGAGACGACUCUGAAUAUUGGCCAAUGGUGUUAGGCCUUUUACUCGUGACAUUCGGCAAUUUUUGUUACAUGUUUUUUACUGUUUGCGAUGACUCUAUUUUCUGUUCUACGACGAAGUAAAGGCUUCAACCUGAUGAAUUUCUGAAGCAUGGGUUUCAGUUCUUGGUGGGGGUUCUUAGUUUGUUGCCACUUCUGUAGUGAUGGCAGACCUCAUGCGAAGUCCCGUUCUGCUUUUUUCCCGUUUGUGUAAAGUUGACUUCGGAAGAAAAGAAGUGGUUUUUGUCAUUAGAUUGGUUUUGUGGUCUCUGUGCUGAGCUCGGAGGUGGUUGGAAUUCGUGUGUUGAAAUGUGCAGAAUUGGACUUGGUGAUGUUGGGUUUGUUUCGGUUGACCAGGGAAGUCAUGACGCAGAAGUGCCCUUGGUUUUAUGUCAAUUCAAGACUGCAGUCAUUUUGAAAUAUGACGACCGGAUAUUCAAAAAUUUCCCAAUUAGUCUCUUAUUUUCAAUACAAAUCAAGGUAAAUUUGUAUUCCUUUCCUCCUUUCUGAGUCAAUAAAAUAAUUGCCAGAAGGCCUCCAGAAAAUUCGAGUAAGGGAGAUUGUUUCUAAGGGAAUUCCGACAUGUAUGCUUGAUGGAGAAUUUGAAUUGAAGAGGUUUGAAUUAUUGAGGUGUGACUGUACUUGGAAAUGCCGUGGAAGUUUCAAAUUUUAUAUUUCUGCAACUGUAAAGUAAUUCUGCUUAUUGAAAAUACAGUACAUGUCUGAUGCACAGCCUAUUACGAAUUCUUUCCCCCGAAAGUUCGAGACGUAAUCGAGAUUUGGCCUGUACUUCAGUUCCAAUAUUUUAGAACCUUAGUUUAACUUGAGUUUUGUGUUCGUAAUUGUAAAUUUUCCGACCGUUAUGAGCAUUUUUUUUUUCGAAGUUCUGCAAUUGAGAACAGUUGGCAAACCUGUGUUGGUCCCUGCGCUUAUUUUUCAGCACCAACUCGUGGAGCAUUUCAAGAAGUUUUUCCGCUCAUUCGGCUGAGACCUUCUGAACAUCGCCUGAUGUGGAUCUCUGAAGACGGUUUGAUGUGAUACGCCAUAGAAUGAUUCAUUGCGGACUGAGUGCGAACUCGUUUUUCUGAAAGAUUCGCUCGUUUUUGUUGUUCCGAAGAUUUUCGAAAUUCCUGUGCUCAUUUCGUUUCCGAAAUCUGGCUGGAAUUCUCAGGUUCGUGUGUGAAUCGCGCUUCCAAUCCGUGACCAGCUUCGUCCCAAAAAUGCCAAAGCGAAAACAGAAUGUCUCUGAGAAACCUGCCAAGAAGGUGAAGACAGACGACGAACCCGUGGAAGGACUUCCUACCAAAGAAGGAGCGAAUUUCACUAUUGUCAGCUGGAAUGUGGCUGGAAUGCGAGCCUGGGUCAAG